AUGGCCCAACUUUCUCUUUUGAUUGGCCCAGGUCUGUUCUUUAUUCCCCUUUACCAAUUUCAGUCUGAUUGUUGCUCUGUUUCUCUGUUCUGUGUGGCCAAGGCGUCCACCAGAGAGAUUUACUUGUUGAUCUCCUUUUGGCAAGGUAACUUUUGUCCUGGAUAUUCUCGGGUUUCUUACCUUAAGCCGUCAACCGACCUUAAGCCCAUUACAACCUCCGUUACCUCAUCGUGUCGGAUCAUGCUCUCAUAUAGAGCUACUCGAACUUUCCUUUGCGAUCCCGAAUUGUAUUCACAGCCUCUGUUCAGAAUUGGAAAUAUUGGGUUUAACCACCACUCCAAAAGCCUCGGAUUGAAGAAGACCGACUUUCACUGGAGUUUGUUCAAUCCUUCAUCUCCAUUCCCUCUCAAUCUGAAGUUUCAUCAAGUGCUAACCAACGACUUUAAGGAUCCUCUUCAUGAAAAUCGACGAUGGAAGAAGAGCGGCAUUAUGAUCCCGCCUCCAAGGAGCGAUCUCCCUAUUGAAUUUACAAGAUUGCAGAAGAAGGGCAUUAUGAUCCCGCAUCAAACGAGCGGAUAUUCAACCCUUUGUCCCAAUGUCCUCGCUGCGUUUUGCGUCGACGAACACAGAGGUACAGGACUCUUUCUCAACGUCAUUUUAUCAUUGUUUGAUAGUGACUAUCUCAUAAUUCUCCGACUUGUUCGUGGACGUGUCUUUGACACACUUUGA